AUGUUCAGAGACAGAACCAAAUUGUUUUUAUCGUAUCGUCGAACUAUAACGCGAGAUGAGCCAAACAGCAGACUCAGGAACCCGUUUCUGGACGAAAUAGGAAAUGAAGAUGAGGAUAUGUUAACAUCGGAACAAGACAAUCUAAUUCUAUCUUCACGAAAGCACCAAAACCGCCAACAGCAAUCGAAAUCGAAAUUGAGACAGGAUAUUGAAAUGAAACCAAUAAUACCUACGCAAUUUGAAAUUGCCAAAGAUUUGGAUAUACACCUCAAUGUUAUUUCGAAGCAAACACAAGAUUUGCAAUCGCUAUAUAAACAGCUCAUCAUAAUCAACAAGUCACAAGCCAAAAAGGAGAUUGAGAGCCAAAUUGAAGAAAGCAAUUAUCAAAUUUUGAAAAAUUUCGAAAAAUGUUAUAUUGCAAUCAAAAAGUUUGAAUAUCUUGCAAAGAAUUACUCUAGGUUGAAAAUUGACUAUCUGGCGCAAGAUUUGGAAGUAUUGAACAAUAUGAAGAAAAACUAUGCAAAUAAGAUUCAACAGCACUUGAUAGUUUUUAGAAAUUUGCAAAGUAACUAUAUGAACUUCCUUAGGGAUGAUGACGAUGAGUUUGACCUCUUGAUCAACGAGAAACGAAACGAACAGUUGCAAAAGACUCAGCACGUUGCUAACAAUGCCACCACUUCCACAGCCGAGGAAUUUAGUAAAGAGCUUCUACAAACACAAACACAAAUGCAACAACAAAAUCAAGACAUGUCAUAUCUAGAACAAAGAGAAAAAGAAAUCAACAAACUAGCAAUGGGCAUAUUGGAAAUUUCUACAAUUUUUAAAGAGAUGGAAAGUAUGGUGAUUGAUCAAGGUACAAUUUUAGAUCGAAUUGAUUAUAAUUUAACUUCAACGGUACAGGAUCUACAAAGUUCCGAUAAGGAGUUGAUUAGAGCACGCACGUAUCAAAAGAGAACUACAAAGUGUAAGAUUAUUUUCUUCUUAGUGCUAUGUGUGUUUGCAUUGUUGAUGAUUUUCAUCUUGAGACCAAGUAGUCACACUAAAAUUAUUGAAAAGCCAACCGAAAAGCCUGAAGACAAGAAACCUACUAAUGAAGUGAACCAUCCAGAUGCGCCUUUGGAUGACGGCUCAUAG